AUGUAACUCUUAAUCGUCUACUUAUCUCUAUGUAUUUAUACAUCAGUUAGAUUAUUGUUAAACUCAAGUAUAAUCGGUACUGGCAUAUUAAAAUAAAAUCAUGAUGGUAUAGCAAUUACUUGCGGCUAGGAAAUAGUGUUUCACAAUCAGCAAAUGCUAAAUAUAUAUGAUGAAAAAUAAUAGACGGAUUCAUUAGCUAGUAUUUAACCAACUGAUAGAUGCUUAGAUGAGGAAAACAACAUCAAGAAUAAAAUAAAGAAAUAUUUGAUGGAGUCUUAAAUUUAAAAAUAGAGAAACUUUCAAAAUUAUGUUAUUGAAGGUAUCGACUUUUUGAAUAGCUGCAAAAAUAUAUGGGAUUACAUUUAAAUCUAAAAGUACAUAAAAUCUGCGUAGAGUUUUGUUCAAGCAAAAAAUGAAUAGAAAAAUUUAAAUCCUGAAAAUAAAUAAAUUAACACAAAUCUAGAAGGAGCAUAUUUCAAGUAUAAAACAUAAUAAUAAGUUGAUUCAGACUAAGAGAAGAGCACCAAAAAAUUAUAAGUUUUCUCAAAAGUAAUAUAGAAUGGUAAAAAAUAAUUAGUAGUCACAACUAUAAGGAACAUAACAGAAUAUCUAUAGCUUGAACGAGAAAAGAACUUAACUUUGGCUAAGACCUAGGCUUUUGCCUCUGCUGCUCAUGAGUUUAGAAAUCCAUUGAGUGCUAUUAUCAAUUCUUUAGAUCUUUUGAAUGGAUCAAUCAUUGACUAAAAUGGUAGGUAAUAUUACAAUACAGCUCGAAACUGUUCUAAUCUGAUGCUUUAUCUCGUCAAUGACAUUCUUGACUACAGCUAGCUUGAAUCUCAAAAGCUACUUCUAAAUAUCGAAGUUACUAACAUCUAUCAAAUACUAGACGAGUGUAUCUCUGUCUUAAGUUUCAGAGCAGAACACAAGAACUUAGAAUUACGCUAUAAUGUUAGCCCAGAUUUCCCAGAAAAAUUCUUGUCAGAUCAAAACAGAAUCAGAUAAAUACUAAUAAACCUAAUCUCAAAUUCUAUAAAAUUUACCUCAACAGGAUAUAUUAGAAUCAAUUGCUCAUUUGAUUCUUCAACAUAAUAACUCAUCAUUGAAGUUGAAGAUUCAGGUGUCGGUAUGGAUGCAGAUGGACUAAAACAACUUUUCAAUGCAUUUUGUAAAAAUCUCAAGAAUAGAAGUAUGAAUAAGGAGGGAUGCGGUCUUGGGCUUACUAUAAGUAAAAAUAUUGCUUAGGCUUUAGGAGGUGAUAUUUAAGUCAUGUCAAUUGUAGAUGUUGGCUCAAACUUCAUUCUUAAUCUUCCAUAUCAUCAUCAGAGAUGGGAUUUAUAUUUCAAUACGAAUAAUCAAUAAAGUCAUGCUAGUAGUAGCAGGUAAAGGAAAAACCAUGAAUUGAUAUACUCUGAGAAUAUUGACUAAAUUUAAAAAAGAAAGAGAUUUUAAAGUUUUCACGUCUCAAAUAGUGAUUUUUUCGAAUCUCAAAUAUUUUCGAACAAAAAUCUUAACUAAAUGAGUGAACACAAUAAAGAAGAAAAAUUGUUUUCACAAAUGUAAAUAGCAGAUUUGGAGUCAUAACUAGAGGAUGACCUUAACUAAAUAAACAUAUAAUAAUAUAUUAAGCCAAUGAGAGUUAAUAAUUUGCUGAAUUUUGAAGAUAGUCUGCUUAAUUCAUCCAGAGAUUAAUUGAUACAAAACUAAUUUCAGUCUUCCCUGCAAAUCUCAUCAAUAGAGAUUUAACUCACUAAUCAAAGUAAUUAAUAGGCAGCAUAAAAUCAAAAUUUGUACUUAAACUCUAAAUUCUAGGAAUGCUAAUGUCCUUUGAUACUCAUAGCAGAUGAUGAUCCCUUCAAUUUGGUUGUUUUAAAAGGAAUGCUAAGCCUUACUGGCAUAGAUAAUGUAGAAGCUGCCUAUAAUGGAAAAUAAGCGAUAUGCAAGUUUCAAAAUAACUUAUAAAAGCUCGAUAGUCAUCCUGAAAAUAGUUUUAGUGAAAAAGAUUGCUGGCAGCAUAAAUGCUAUUAGCUUUUGAUUUUAGAUAAUUAGAUGCCCUUCUUAACUGGAAUCUAAUUGGCUUAACAAUUAAGGGAACAAUAUUCAGAAUAAAUUUCCAACUUUGACAUUAAAAUUGCUCUACUAUCUGGAGAUGAUAUACAAGAAUCUGAUAACUCACUUCGAUAAAUCUUUGAUUAUAUAAUCUAAAAGCCUGUUUCUUCAGAAAGCUUAUAAAAUAUUCUCAAAAAUGCUGGAUUAAUUUGA